AUGGCCGCAGGCGCCGGCGAGUAUCCCGGGAAGGCCAGCCAGUACCGGGUGGACCACCUCCUCAGUGCGGUGGAGAGUGAGCUGCAGGCGGGCAGCGAGAAGGGCGACCCUACGGAGAAAGAUCUCAAAGUGUCCCUGGAUGAGAACGAGCUUUGGCAAAAAUUCAAGGAUCUUACAAAUGAAAUGAUAGUUACAAAGAAUGGCAGGCGCAUGUUUCCGGUGCUGAAAGUUAACGUAUCAGGAUUGGACCCGAACGCCAUGUAUUCCUUUCUGCUGGACUUCGUAUCUGCGGACAACCACAGGUGGAAAUACGUGAACGGGGAGUGGGUCCCUGGAGGCAAACCUGAGCCUCAAACCCCCAGCUGCGUGUACAUCCAUCCGGACUCUCCAAACUUCGGGGCGCACUGGAUGAAGGCUCCCGUCUCCUUUAGUAAAGUCAAACUCACCAAUAAGCUCAACGGAGGAGGUCAGAUAAUGUUAAAUUCCUUACACAAGUACGAGCCACGCAUCCAUAUAGUGCGGGUUGGAGGCCCGAGGAGGAUGAUCACCAGCCACUCUUUCCCAGAGACACAGUUCAUUGCAGUAACAGCAUACCAAAACGAAGAGAUAACUGCUCUUAAAAUAAAGUACAACCCCUUCGCCAAGGCCUUCCUAGAUGCAAAGGAGAGAACUGAUAGCAAAGACAUAAGAGAUGAUGCCAGUGAAAACCAGCAGUCAAAUUACUCUCAACUAGGCGGUUGGUUUAUUCCAGGCACAGGCUCUCUCUGCCCUCCCGCCAGUCCUCACAGUCAGUUUGGGAGUCCCCUCUCCCUUUCGCCAUCCCACGGUUGUGAGCGCUACUCCACCCUGAGGAACCAUCGCUCUGCCCCCUACACCAGUCCCUACGCCCAGCGAACCAACUCGCCCAUCAGUUACUCCGAUAACUCGUCAGCCUGUCUGUCGAUGCUCUCAAGCCACGAUAACUGGUCCAGUAUACAGAUGCCAACACACUCCAGCAUGAUGCCCAUGACCCACAAUUCCACCUCUGGUACCAACUCAAGUCAGUACACCAGCCUGUGGUCUGUGAGUAACUCGCCACUGACUCCCGUGUCCCAGAACGGGGGGGCGAACAACGGCCUGAGCUCCCAGUACCUUCGAGGGUCCGGCAGCCACUACCCCAGCCUGUCUCACUCAGUCGCAGUGCCCUCUUCUGGCUCUCCCAUGUACGACAGCGGCACGGCCACAGAGUUGCAUGAUGCAGCUCAGUAUGACACCUCUCCACACGGGCGGCUACCUUCAGCCUGGACUCCUGUGACACCCCCGUCCCUCUGA